AUGGCCGACAUAGACGAUGAGCUUUUGGCUCUUGCGGGAGGUGGAGAGUCCUCAGAUGAGGAGGAGGUGAUGUCAGAGGCAGAGAGCAGGGCGCAAUCCGUUUCGCCUCCGCCUAAGGCAGCUGCAAAGAAGCCUGUGGCAAAGAAAGUGAAGAAGCGCACAGGAGGGGACGACUCUGAGGAGGAAGGUGAAGCAUCAUCAGCAAUCGGUAGCCCGAAUUCGAUAGGAUCGGCCGCGAUGGACGAGUCCGACUCCGAGGCCGAACAACCGAGCGGCCGCGCCGCGCACGAUGACGAUGAAGAGGACAAGUACCCUGUCGACGGCAUGUUCAGGAGUCUCGCGGAGAAGGAGCAAGUUAUGGCGAUGCGUGAGGUCGAGAGAGAGUCACUGCUCGCAGAACGUCAGGCCGAGAUCGAGCGCCACAGACAGAACCGCAUGCUGCGCCAGCUCGUCAGUCAGCAAGAGAACAAGGAGAAGAAACAGAACCUCAAAAAGCGCAGUGCCGACGCCGCAGACCUCGAAGACGCCUCGCGCAAGACGUCGCGUCCUCGCGCGGAUGGAAAGGCGUCUGCUAUAGAUAAGCUGCGUCACGCCCGCGCGGAGAAGAGCGAUCGCCAACGCCGCAGAGAGGAGGACCGACAAAAGGGCAACCGUUCACCGCGCGAUGACGACUACGGUGCUGCUGGCGAUAGCGACGCUGACGACGAUUACGACGAGCGCAAUCGACGACGCCGCAAGACGAGAUCGCCUGAGGAGGAGAUUGUCGCGCGCGAGCUGCCGCCGCCAGACAUGCGCGACUUUGAGCGCGUCCGCGUGGGCAAGAGUCGCUUUGCUGAGUACUGCUUCCACCCGUCCUUUGAGUCGACUAUGAUCGGCUGCUACGUUCGCAUCAGUCUUGGACCUGAUCCCAAGACAGGCGCGGACGAGUAUCGCAUGGCGCGGAUUCAAGCUAUCACUGUCGGCAAGCCUUAUGCCAUGACCGGCCCCGGCGGCUCUUUCGUCACUGACCAGUAUGUUCUGGCUGCUCACGGCAAAGCCGAAAGGCCGUUUCCCUUCAUCUUCCUGUCGGACAGGCCAUUCACCGAGCGCGAAUACAUUAGAUAUGAGAAAGUCGUGCAGUCGGAUGGCCUGACCAUGCCGAAGAAGCAGAUACUGCUUGACAAGAUCGAUGAGAUCAAUGCACUCGUCAACUACCACCCCACAACAACGGAAAUCGAUGAGCGCAUUCAGCGCAAGGCUGCCCUCCGCAAGAAGUUCGACCCCAAAAUCCGCGAGCGACUCGCGCAGGACAUCGAGAGUGCCCGGAUACAGGGCAACACCCGAAAGGCAGAGGAGCUCCAAGAACAGCUCGAUGAUCUCAAGACGAAUGUCCUUGCGUUCAAAACCAGCCUCAGUGACAGCUCAUCGAAGCCCAACGCCACUUCUCAACAGGAUCGUCUGGCCGACAUCAACCGCCAGCGCAGACUCCAAAACGCUGAGAAUGUUAGGAAGGCGCAGCUCAAGGAAAAAGCCGAGGCUCGCAAGCUCGAAGCCGCGAUGGAGAGAGGAGAAGACAUCAAGAACGAUCUGUCACGGCGACUGCGCACAAAGGCCAAGUUCAUCCACGACGUCAAUGAUGGCAUCAAGAAGCCCUCCAGCACAAAUGGCAGCAAUGCGAGCACCCCAGCAAACGGCACACCCCAGCUUGGGGCCCAGAGCUCGGGAUCCAUGUUGCCCCAUCUCGCCAAGCUGCACGCGGCGAACCAGAAGAAGGGCAUCCCUACCAUCCACAAACCACUCAUGGACGACGACAUCAUUGGAGCUUUGGACCUCGACAUCGACGUCGAAAUUGACUAA